AUGCGAUCUGCCUCGUAUGCUCAUUAUCCGCCGUCUCGCUCGGGCGACCGACCGAGUGACGGCAACGACAGCCCGCGAGCGCUUGGUGCUCAUCCACCCAUUGACAAUCUGCGUCCGCGCAGCAUCUUGCGCAAACCAAACCCUUUACUUCCUCCUUGCCCUGUAGAUUACUCCCAGCAACUUCCUCGACCAUCACGACCUCUUCCCUUGAUGCCUCGCAUGGAUAUGUAUCCGCCGUACCAAUCCCCCAGUUCACUUUCCUCAACGUACAAGGACUCUCCCCAUUCACCCGCCACCCCAUACAGUCGUGGUCAUGUACCAUGGAUGCCUCGUGGAUACGAGUCGAGACACCAGCAAUAUAAUCCUUCACAUCACGCCGAUCACCAACAAUCACCUCGCGAUCAUGGUGACUAUCAGAAACGUACUUACCUUCCACCACAUGCCUUCCAACAACAGCAAAUUGGUGCUCGUGAUGGCUUUGCGUCUAUGCCAGACAUCAGGCGCAUACCCAGACCAUCGUCCGCGGAAAUAGAGAGGGACAGGCAGGCUCGGGCAUGCGGGCUUCAACUAGAUUAUACGUCACAUCAACAUACUCUCCCUUCCUCGAAUAGCCAUCUACCACGAGGUAGCAGGCGCCUCGAGGAAGAUCAGCUUCAUCGUGAGCCGAAGACGCUAGUAGACCGUGUCAAACCUUACCCACCCCGACCGAAGCCGCACAUUCUGUAUCCUAGGCUCGACAAGCUCGUUCGACGUGAGAAAUAUCGUGCAAUGGAUCACAUCUCUUAUGACGAGGAUGUAAUGGAAUUGUAUAAAGAGGACGGAGAUUUACGAGAGAAGCUCCGUGAAAAGCGCAAGCGCGGAGCUGAGAAAAGAGAUCCAAAAUUUCAUGUUAUGGGAGCGCCAUUGCGCGACGUAUUAAUCCAUGCAUCGUCCACGAUCACUAUCGGCGAAUACCAGCAUGACGUGCCAACCCUUGUCGUUGCCUGUGUAGAGGAGCUGACAAGAACGGGUAUUUACCAACAGGGGCUGUUCCGCGCAUUGCCUAGCCGCGAUCGGCACUUACAGUUGUUUGACAUCUACGAUUCCAGCGCCGAUUAUGGGGCUAAAUUCAGCAUGCACGGGCAAACCAUGCCCGACAUUUGCUCUAUCUUAUCCACAUUCAUCUCCGCCCUCCCUCAUCCUCUCCUUGAUCCUAAAUUUUACGGUGGGUUUUGGCACUGGUGCGUGAAGCCCAGCGUGAAGCGCGAAGAGGUAAGGCGAAGCCAACAGGACGCGGAAGAAGAGGAGAAACGCGCUAGAGGCGAGCUGCCACUCUUACUUCCCAUGUCAGCCCAACAGCAUCAGAGGCAGGCUCAAGACGACCUUCACCUUGGUCACGACGGUGACAUCGAACGCCAUCAGAUUAUGGUCGCACAAAUAAUCCUCCGCUUCCUGCCUAUAGGCCAACUCUCCCUACUGAUUUACCUCUGCGGAUUUUUCACCCAACUUCCCCUUUGUCCUGAGAACGGUAUACAAUUCGAGGAUAUCGCGCGGAUCUUUGGGCACAAGAUUUUCGGUGCGACGGCGAAGGUGUCAUCACAGAAGAUGAUGGUUUGGUUGUUAUCGAGGUGGCACAGUAUCUCAGAAGGUCUCCUCACUGAUGCAUGCGGGAUGUCGCGGCCGUCCACCCCUGUCCCCAAUCAACAGGAGCUGCCCAAUAGUGAAGACAAGGGUGAAAGCGCAUUGGUGAAGACCCCUAGUUCGCGUCGCAGUCGUUCUUCGGACAGUGAUCGUUCCUCGUACUCGUCUUCUCCCCACGAUCAAGCGGAAUCCAGUACCUCUCGGCAUCGUAAGAAACGAAGCAUAGAAUCCACGCCAGAGUCAGUUGAGGAGGCACUGCCGAGAUCUCGCCGGCCUUCGAGGCGGAAUCGGCCAGGUCGCCAGAAUAGUGCGUUUGCCACGCAUCGAAGGAAGACUUCUGGGCAGGAACUUUUAGACGUGUUCUCAAAGGCGUUUGCGAAUGCACGGGUCAGCCCUCCAUCGGAUCCAAAACUUCCUGAACACAUUUCGGGGGAUCAGCCAGAAAGUAUACUUCUUGAUACUCGAGUACGCCUCGCGCGCCUGCAAAGCGAUCUCCAGCGCAACAAUCUGGUUGUUGUCGACGCCAUUAAGGAAUCAUUCAAGGCCAGUGACGAAGCACGUUUACUUUCUGAGAAGAUUGAACAGCUGGAAAGGACAUUCGGAGAGAGAAAGUUGCACAAUCAAAGUACGCUUGCCAACACAAAAGAACCGCUGCAGGUUGGCAUCUUUGAGGUAGAGUGA